AUGUUCAGCUUUUCACCAAUCAAACAGAAAUAAUACCUCAGUGCCUCAAACCAAUUUGAACAACCUUUAGAUGACAUGAGUUGCAUAAUCGAAAACGGCAGCGUCGGAUCCCUGUAUUUAGGGAACAUCGAGUCAGCUUGUAUUAAAUCUCAUCAACUCUUUUAUAGCCAGUUUAGAAAACUUGAGGAGACAUAAAAUCAAGGGAGUUCUAUCCAUCUGCAUGAAUAAGAUUCCCUUUGAAGUGCAGUCAUCACUUUAACAUUAUUCACACAUUUAUUUGGAGGAUUGUGAGUCUGAAAACAUAGCCAGACAUUUUGAGAACUCCAAUCAGUUCAUCGACAAAGCAAGACAAUCUGGGAAUGUCUUAGUUCAUUGCAUGGCUGGAAUCUCUAGAUCGGCUACUCUUGUUGCAGCUUAUCUAAUGAAGAAAAACAACAUGAGUGCUCAAGAUGCCAUAAGAUUACUUGAAAGAAAGAGAUGGUAAGUCUACCCCAACAAUGGAUUCCUCAGACAAUUGUCACAAUAUGAAAAGGUGUUAUACUAAUAAAAUGGAAGAUCUGACAUCUCUUCUCCUCUCAGAGAUUCGUGGUCUAAGUAAUUAGUCAUUAUUAUAGAUUUAGACAAUUUUAAACUCCCACCAAGGAUAAUUUGUUUUAUAACAAAUAUGAAGAAUAACAACCAUCCAGUCAAAAAACUAGACCCUUGGAUGAGAUUUGCUUUGAUAAUUAUAAACGGAAAUCUAUUGGCUAUGAGGAUCUGCUUAGAAGUCCAGAACCUAAUGAAAAGAAACCUUUUUCUUUAACUUAACAUAGGCCAAGUUCAGCUGUAAGGACAUCUCCUGAUCUCAUUAGAAAGAAGAAUUUGUUGUCUGAUGCUAGUAAUUUUCAUAGUUCUAUGCGUUUUAGUCCAUGGAAAUAAGAAAGAUGGUUUGGCUGCCUUUGCUUUGGAAUUGAAUUAGGCGGAUUGGCAAAGUAAAAAACUGGAUUUUGAAAGCAAAUACUCAAAACCAGUCAGUUAACAAAACAAUGUGAAAUCAUUCCUUACUCCAACUCGUCCAUCAUAAUUGAAUCAACAUCAAAGCAAAUUGGAUGAAUUGCUUAAUUCUUUCAAUAGAAAAUCCAUACUAUGA